ACGACCUGUUCCACGGUCACUGACCGAUACCGUGCGAGCGGUCGCAUCGUCUCUCGACCUCCGCCCUUACCGGUAUUCGCCGCGACCUGAGGACGCCGUGAGCCCCUAUCGUUUUCGGGCACUUUACUUGCAAUGGCAGGUAGCGCCACCGAUGGCGUGAUACUCAACAAUUUCUACGUCGCGCCGCAAUAUCCCUUGAUCAAAAGAGUUCCUUUUAAAAACUAAUAACUAAUCAUGUUAACUCUAAUAAACUAGUAGACAAAGUUAAAGUGAAACCCAUGGUUUAUUAUGCUAAUGAACGUUCAAAUGAUAGUGCGGCGAUGUAAGUGAUAAAGAUUGGUAGUGAUGUUGUGUUUGAAGACCGAAAUAUAGUUGUGCAGUGAACGUUAGUUCAGCAAAAUGACGAUGAAAUCGCUGAAAUACAGUGAGCGAGAGGAUAUGAUGGAGGGGUUCAGCCCGGUACCUCCACCGUUACCGCGACGCCAGCCUGUCAGGAACAUCUACGCAGAACCCUUCGUAGAUCCUAGGUACACGUCAUCGGGCGUGACUAACGAAUGGCUCGCCCUACAGACCCUAAAUUCAGAGUCGAUGGGCGGUACUGGCAUGUCGAGCGGUAUGGGUGGUGGGACCCUAGGCCACUGCCAGCUCGCAAACCAACCGCUAGUGAUGCCAGUGUUUCCCCUGCGAGCCAGUCAGCCAAGCCCUGUACCAGUAUACUCCCCUUCUCGCUUCCACAUAGACAAGCGAUGUCAGCACCGAUGCACAUGGAAAUGCUUAGCCAUAGCCAUGAUAUGUGUCUGCGUUAUCCUGGCGGCUAUGCUCGCCUACUUUAUAGCGCUAUCGUCAAUUAAAACUAAUAUAGACAAUUCAAAUUGUAUUCUGGUACAAGAUGUAAAAGCUGUAACACACUCACAUGGGAUUCGAGACGCUUUAUCAACUUCCUCACCUUCAGACGAAUCUAUAUCAACAUCGUCACUUGGUUGGUCGACUACUGCUGAAGCGGCCUUAGAAUCAGCCAUUAUACCUCAGCAAGCACAACAAGCUGCUCCACCUCCUUGGUCUCCAGCUUUAGAAGUAAGAGAGUUCGAUGAACUACAUAGUGGCACAAUACCAGCUUAUCAAUUUUGGAGUUCUGAAUUUCGUAACAAACAACCUGCUUUCGUUAGCCUUAAUUUUACUGUGCCCUGGGGUGCUAACUUUGCUGUCUAUGGAAGGAGAAAUGUCGCACCAAGUGUCACACAAUACGAUUUCGUUGAAUUUAUUCGUGGUGGCAGGGUUGAUCAUAGACUCAGAAAGAGGCGAAGCCCUCAUAGACAUGACUCGCGUGAACCAACUUUUGUCGAUUUUAAUGUUUUAAUAAAUACGAUUAGCCCACUCCAAAGAUGGAACCAUACGAUAAACAAACGAUCUACAGAUAUGCGAGUCAACGUUAGUAUACUUCAAUAUCUCGACACAGGGAGAUGGUUUAUUUCAAUAUACAAUGACGAACUCCAACCGCAUCAUGUUGAAAUGAUUGUUUCUGAAGCUGAAGGCGUGACUAACUCUUGCCCUGACGACUGUUCUGGACACGGGUCUUGCUAUCUUGGAAAAUGCGAAUGUAUGGAUGGUUUUGAAGGACAUGAUUGUUCAAAAAGUGUAUGUCCUGUUCUUUGCUCUGGUCAUGGUGCUUAUGCAGGCGGUAUAUGUCACUGUUCUGAAGGUUGGAAAGGAGCUGAAUGUGAUAUCCCAGCUCAUGAUUGUGAACCAGCUGAUUGUUCUGGACGAGGGCAAUGUAUUGCUGGACAAUGUCAUUGUAAAGCUGGUUGGAAGGGCGGAAAGUGUGAUGAAGAGGAUUGCCUAGACCCCACUUGUGGCGGUCACGGUUCGUGUGUUCGUGGUCGGUGUGUUUGUCGCGCUGGCUGGCGUGGCGCGGCUUGUUCAGAACGUGACGCACGUGUUCAACGAUGUUUACCCGCUUGCUCACAAAGAGGCGUAUACGAUUUAGAUGCAGGAAGAUGUGUAUGUGAUCCAUUAUAUACAGGCGAUGACUGUUCUCAAGUCGUAUGUUCACUGGAUUGUGGACCUCAUGGAGUUUGUGCGGAAGGAGUUUGUCGCUGUGACGACGGCUGGACGGGUUCAUUGUGUGAUCAACGACCAUGCGAUUCGCGUUGCCAUGAACAUGGCCAAUGUAAAAACGGUACUUGCGUUUGCACACAAGGUUGGAAUGGGAGGCACUGUACUCUACCUGGUUGUCCAAAUGGCUGCUCUCGCCAUGGUCAAUGUUUGCUGGAAGACGGCGUCUAUCGGUGUUCGUGCGCUGAUGGCUGGGCUGGUACCGAUUGCUCUAUUGCACUUGAACUAUCAUGCAGCGAUAACGAGGAUAAUGAUGAAGAUGGCAUGACGGACUGCUCGGACUCUGAAUGCUGCAGUCGACCAGAAUGUGCCGAACAUAUAAUGUGUUUGGCGUCCAACGACCCCGUUGAAGUGUUACUUCGUAAGCAGCCGCCAUCUGUCACCGCAUCAUUCUACCAACGUGUUAAGUUUCUUAUUGAAGAAAACUCUGUCCAGAGCUAUGCCCAUAUGGACGAAUAUUCUGAAAGCCGAGUGUCGGUGAUGCGGGGGCAGGUAGUGUCGCCGCAAGGGCUCGGCAUCAUCGGCAUCAGGGUCUCCGUUGAUCGGGAAGCGAGAUUUGGGUUCACACUUACAAGACAAGGUGGAUGGUUCGACGUGUUGGUGAAUGGCGGAGGUGCAGUUACGCUGCAGUUCCAGAGAUCACCAUUCAAGCCGCUUCGGAAGACAGUCUUCGUACCAUGGAACCAAAUAGUUGUAUUACCACCCGUGCAAAUGGAGCUAAGCGAUGACAGCAUCAAAGUACCUACGCCGAGAGCACCACCUCGAUUGGAUUGGUCACCUAUGCCCCAAUGGUGGGAAUCGGAAAUUCCACCAUGUAGUGCGCACGAUCACGAACGCCUAAGACCUGAGGUAGUCGCAAUGCCAGCGCUUGCUGCACCAGCCGUUUCAUCUCCCACGACAUCGACCGUCAUAUAUCCUGAAGCACAGAUUGUAAGCGAAUCUAUUGGAAUACCAGGAUCGUCUGUGAAGCUAACCUAUCGCUCAUCACAAGCAGCUGGCUACUUAUCUUGUGUACACAUCCAAUUGACCCGAAGAGUGGUACCGGCCUCUCUCACUCGAGUUCAUGUACGUGUCGAAAUUGAGGGCUCUCUACACACUCACACUUACGAAGCGGAUCCUGACUUGACUCAUGUAUUUGCUUGGAAUAAGAGAAAUGUUUAUAAACAAAAGGUAUAUGGUCAAGCUCAAGCCAAAAUCUCUAUCGGAUAUGAAUACACAACAUGUUCGGCGGUAGUGUGGGAAACACAAACAGCAACUUUAACUGGCUUCGAUGUUGAUAUUUCUGAUAUUGGUGGAUGGGGUCUGGAUAUACAUCAUCAUUAUAACUUUCACGAAGGCAUACUACAGAAAGGAGAUGGUGCCUUGUUGCAUCUGAAACAGUAUCCAAGAACUGUUCAGGUUGUAAUGGGCACAGGUUUACAAAGAUCCUUAAAUUGCCCCGAUCAUUGUAAUGGCAAAGCGGCUGAUUCGCGACUCUUAACACCUACUGCACUCACUUCGGGGCCCGAUGGAUCUUUGUAUGUCGGGGACUUUAAUCUUGUGCGUAGGAUUACUCCGGAAGGUGUGGUUACCACUGUACUUCAAUUGGAAACAACACAAGUUGCAUAUCAAUACUACAUCUGCAUAUCACCAGCAGAUGGAUAUCUCUACAUAUCAGAUUCAGAAAGACAUCAAGUCAGAAGAGUUGUAGUUCUUGAUAAAGUUCGAGAUCCUGCAAUGAAUUCUGAGCCUAUUGUCGGAAAUGGUGACCGUUGCGUGCCCGGUGAUGAUUCUAAUUGCGGUGACGAAGGACCUGCUAUUAAUGCAAAGUUGGCCCACCCGAAAGGUCUUGCUAUAGCAGCAGAUAGAACAAUGUACAUCGCAGAUGGAACUAACAUACGUGCUGUUGAUCCAAGUGGUAUUAUCCACACUCUAGUCGGACAUCAUGGACAUCACAAUCAUUGGUCGCCCGUACCUUGCCGUGGAGCUAUACCACCAUAUGAAGCGCAGUUACAAUGGCCCACUGGUGUUGCUUUAUCACCCUUAGAUGGAUCUUUGUAUUUUAUAGACGACAGAAUUAUUUUGAAACUAACAGUUGACAUGAAAAUUAAAGUAGUCGCUGGUCAACCAUCUCAUUGUCGACUAGGAAGUGAUGGUAAACCAAUAGUUAAGCCAACAAAUAGAACAAAUGCUGAGUUUAGGGAAGAUUCUAGUUUAGGCACUAUUCUAGCCAUAGCAUUUGCACCCAGCGGCAUUCUUUAUGUAGCGGAAUCUGAUGCUAAAAAAACGAAUACGAUCAAGACAAUUGAUCCUUCUGGAAAAAUUUUGCAUUUUGCUGGAAAGGUACAAGAAAACUUUAAAGAACUUAGUUGUGAAUGUAAUACGUCUAUUUCGGCGACCGUUGUCCCUGUAAAUGUUCGUGAAGAAGGUGCAGGAUGUCCUUGUCGACUGAGUGUUGCAGUAGGAGAUGAGCCACCGACCAAUACUGAAACGUUACUGUCAUCGAAUGCAAAAUUCCAGACUAUAUCUGCUUUAGCUGUUACACCAGAUGGCGUCCUUAACGUAGUCGAUCAAGGUUCACUGCAUAUUUUGGCACUGAAACAUUACUUACCAUCUCAUGAUGAAAAUGGUGAAUUCCGAAUACCUUAUCCUCCUACGUCAGAAAUUUACGUUUUUAAUCGCUAUGGACAACAUAUUACGACGAAAGACUUAACUUCAGGAAAGACUAGAUACUCAUUUUUGUAUUCUAAAAAUACUAGUUUUGGAAAAUUAUCAACGGUUACUGAUGCAUCGGGUAAUAAAAUUCAAUUAUUGAGAGACUACAGCAACAUUGUUAGUUCCAUCGAAAAUACACAAGACCAUAAGCUCGAACUAAAAGUAUCCGGAAUUGGCUACUUAACGAAAAUAACAGAAAAGGGAACAUCAGAAAUAGAAUUAGAUUAUGACGCAAAUACUGGCUUACUUAAUAGUCGUUCAGGGGCUGGUGAUACAGUUAUUUACAAUUAUGACGAACUGGGACGAGUGACGAAAAUUAUUAUGCCUUCAGGAGAACAAGUUCAUAUAACCUCAGGUCUUGCUAAAAAUUACGGUCUUGCAGUUACUGUAUCAAAUCCAACAAGCAAUAUUCCAGUGGGCGUAUCAAAGAAAUGUGAAUACGUGCUGCACGGACAAUCUUUUAAACAAAUAACUAUUAACAAUGGAAAACAAAUAACAGAAGGACGCAUUUUUACUAAUAAUACUUUGGUUAUUGAUACUCCGUGGUCAGGUAAAUUCGAGAGUGUAGCUGCUGCAAAACACCCAUUGCUCGAAGCUGCCUUACCAAUUGAAGCUGAAAUGUUACACAUGUGGUCACACCAGACAACAACAUUUGGCGAUGGAUUAAUAAAUAAUAUGUACUCAUUGUAUACUUUAGUAGGUGACGUACGAAACCCACAACAAACUCUUAAUCGAGAAAUAUGGGUAAAUGAUUCGAGAGUUCUAAUAAUUGAAUUUGAUCAAUUUAAAAGCAAGGAAACAUUCUUUAAUGCAGAUCGAAUACCUCUGUUUACGAUUGCCUACGAUGUAGCUGGUUUACCAUUGUCUUUCACGCCUCAUGGAGCUGGAGUACCUCUCAACAUUUCUUAUGACAGGUUUUAUAGAAUAAAUGGCUGGAAAUGGGGUGUCAGUGAAGAGUCAUAUAGUUAUGACCCACACGGAAUGCUAUCAGAAAUAACAAGCCCUCAAGAUGGUACUAAAUUUAUUUAUUAUAAUGAAGGAAAUCUUGUUUCCAAAAUUACUUUAGCAAGCCAGAGGCAUUUCAAGUAUUCAUACGAUGGAGGCGGUGGACUGACUCAUGUUAUUCUACCAUCGGCAUCAAACCAUUCAUUUAGUGUUCAGCCGUCUAUUGGAUUUUUGCGUGUUACAUACACACCCCCAGGCUCAGCAAAGAAAUAUUUGCAACACUAUUCCCACACGGGUGAACUUUUACAAACAGUUUUCCCAGGUGAUGGUGCUCGUAUAAUAUAUCGUUAUUUCACAACGAAUAAAAUAUCUGAAGUUGUUCAUGGUGACGGUCAAACUCAAAUUCACUACUCCGAGAACAGUGGACUACCAUCUGAAAUAUUACAUGUGGAUCGGGAUGUUGACUACCGUUGGGAAUCUACCUACGCAGGUGGUUUACUUGUAGAAGAAAGACUUGAUUAUGGAGCUAAAACUGGUUUAAGUAACGCAAAGAUAAUAUAUGAAUAUGACAAUAACUACAGAAUAACAUCCGUGCAAGGCCGCAUUGGUGGUCAAACUCUCAUUCCACACCAUAUUAUUUAUAAUAUUAAAACAGGUGCCCCUGAAAUUUUAGGACAAUUCACAGUUUCUAAACAGAAAUGGAAUGAAACUUCCGUCUAUGACGGCAUUGCAAUGUUCUCAAGAACAUUAAAUGACCAAUUCCUUGAAAAAGAAAUUGCUGUUAACAUUCACAGAAUGGAAGUAUUCAGAAUGGAAUUCGCUUAUGACAGACACGGUAGAAUAUCACAAACGCGGACACACACAAGAAAUGUAGGAGUUAACACUUACACAAACGUAAAGAAUUACACUUGGGAUUGUGAUGGUCAAUUGACUGGCGUAGAAGCGCAGGAACCAUGGGGCUUUAGAUACGAUGAUAAUGGAAACAUGUUGUCAUUAACAUAUAGGGGAAAUACUAUACCAAUGGAGUACAAUGACAUGGAUCGCAUUAUAAAAUUCGGUGAAGGACAAUACCGUUAUGAUAGUCGAGGACUUGUUUCUCAAAACGCACGGGAGGAGAGAUUCCAGUACAACGCAAAGGGCUUACUGAUACGGGCAACAAAGCGAGGAAGAUUUGAUGUCCGAUACUAUUACGACCAUCUUGAUAGACUUUCCACGAGAAAAGACAAUUUCGGAAAUGUGACCCAAUUUUUCUAUACAAAUAAAGAAAAACCUCAUGAAGUCAGCCAUAUUUACUCACCACGCGAAAAUCGAUUUAUGACGCUUGUUUAUGAUGACAGAGGUCAUCUCAUUUAUACCCAGGUCGCUCGUCAUAAAUAUUAUAUUGCUACUGAUCAAUGUGGAACUCCGGUAAUGGUAUUCAAUCAAUAUGGAGAAGGCAUUCGCGAAAUAAUGAGAUCACCUUAUGGCCAUAUUGUUUAUGAUUCCAAUCCAUACUUAUACCUACCUGUAGACUUUUGUGGUGGUCUACUCGAUCAAGUAACGUCACUUGUCCAUAUGGCAAACGGAAAAGUUUAUGAUCCUCUUAUUGGACAAUGGAUGUCGCCCCUUUGGGAAAAUCUUAUUGAAAGAAUACACAAUCCUACUCAGCUACAUCUGUAUAGAUUUAAUGGAAAUGAUCCUAUAAAUGUGAGACCGCAAAACAAAAAACCAGCAGAUCAUUUAUCUUGGCUGGCCCUACUAGGCUAUGAUACCAAAAGCCUAGCACCACAACUAUAUCCUGAUGAAUUGCCUGGUGGUUCAAUAUUGCCAAGCAUACCUCGCGGUCGCCCAGUUUGGGGUACUGCUCCUGUUGAUGGCGGACCAGGAGUUCCUUCUGCUAUGUCUUUACUACCGAGCGUCACGAUCGAGUCCGGAUUUUUAUCGCAUAUGUCUAACAAGAGAAUUGCUGAUUUUAGAAGCCUUUCUAUACCAGCUAUGUCUGCACUAAAAUCUGACGCACUUAACCUUGCACCUAAAAGAAUCGGUUCGGACUCGGAACCACCUUUCGGACGUGGUAUACUGAUAUCACGAAACUCACGAGGUCGCGCAGUAGUUACUACUGUACCCUCUGCUAACGCUAUUUAUAGAGACGUGUACACCUCUGUAUUCAAUCGGUCACAUUUAUUACCCUUCUCUUUCGUCGUUCACGGGGACCAGCAAGAUGUAUUUUACUUUGUAAAAGAAGAUACUUGGCGCGCAGCUGACGAUAAACAACAACUGAAACGUAUGCAAGGAAAAUUAAACGUCACCUUCCACGAAGUGGCCGAAGGUGGUCGAUCCUACGCAGAUGUUAAGAUACACGGACAGACGAGCAUCGUUAAUCUACGUUACGGUACCAGCGCCGAAAGAGAGAAGCAACGGCUGUUGCAUCACGCGCGAGCGUCUGCUAUACGAAAAGCUUGGCACAGAGAGCGUGAAGCUCUACGCGCAGGACUAGGCGGUUCGCUCGACUGGUCGGCGGCGGAGCUGGACGAGAUACAGAAGGCGGGAUCGGCUGCGGGAUAUGAGGGCGAGUACGUGCACGACGUGGCGCGCUACCCGGAACUGGCCGAGGACCCGUACAACGUGCGCUUCGUGAAGAAGCGGUCGGACCGCGCGGAGCGGCGGCGACGGAAGCGCGAGGACUGCCGCGCGCCGUGGUGGCUCGCCUGGGACGACCUCUGCUAGUGACGUGUCGCCAUCCAUAUGCCAAAUCGUGUGAAUGUAAAUCGAUGUGUGUGAAUGGUGAUGGACGAUCGUGUGUAUGAGUGAAAUAUAUUUUGUAAAUAGUCUCUAUUAAUUGUUAAUUGUUGAUGUAUGUAUGUACGGUAGAUGCGAAUCCCUAUCGCUGUGUAAAUAUUAAAUUUUAAUUUGCAGGGAGAGAAUGGACCUUUUGAGAGGACUGAUAUAAAAUAAAUGUAAUGUAUGUAAAAAUAAGACGAUCUAUGUGAAUAUGAAAUUAUUUAUACUUAUUUAUCGGUAAAAAGCUUCAAUUGUGUCCAAUGUUCUUAUAAAAUUUAGAUGAAGACUAUUUGAAAGAAUAAUAAAAAAGCAUACUUUUUUAACCA